CCAGACCGCUGGAGGUAAACAAAAAUACUCAGUCUUCCAGGACACUCGGCCGCGACCACCGCUCUCUAAUAACUCCUUUAUAAUCGAAACAUGAGAUGGGUGAGAAAAUAAGGAGAGGUCAGUUGAGUUACUGGGUGUCAGUGAGUGAUGCUAAGGAAGCUGAAGAUGCAAAGACACAGAGAAACUCAUCAGCAAUGGAGUCACUCCCAUAUUUCUGUACCACAGCAAACUUGCCAAGUGCUGUUGUGUACUUGUCACAGGAGCUACAAGGAAUGGGUCUUAAUUGUCCACUCAUUGAGACAGGCAGCCAGAGGGUUAACUUAGUAGCUCUUGUGAAUGCCUGCUGGGAGAUAACGCAGCUGUACCGUUCAUCUGUUCGUGACAGCAACACCCUUCACGACCAGAGGAAAAGAGAUGUUGCUGAUCUCAACCACUUCCAGAACAACAUACGAGAUCUACGAGGGAGCGUGGAGGAGAAAGAGAGACUGGUGUGUGAUGCCCAAGAGAGAGAGAGGCAGGCCAUAUCCAUCAGUAAAACUCUCUCCACCAAGCUGAAGACAGAAAAAGAGGAGGUGCGGAAACUGACUAGUGUGAUGCAGCAGCGAGAGGCCCAUCACCACCACGAACUCCGCAAGAAAGAGACUGAGAACAACCGUCUUCGUGAACGCCUCCACCGACUGGUAUCUGGUGACCGUUCAUCAGAUUCACGGCCUCCAGGCAUGGCAGUUUCCAGUGCACUCUCAAGACCCAACCGCUCAAGAGCAAAAUGGAAAACAGAAGCUUCAAAUGCUCGAUAUGAAGAGGAUUUGCAUCGUCGGGUACUGAGCCAGUACGAGGCUUGGGUAGGGCAGCUCAACGACGAAAAUGAUCAGCUCAAAUCCUUCCUCUCUACAGUCUCUUCUCAACUGUUCAAACUUGUCUCCAAAUAUUGUAAAAUUGAGAAUAAUUUACCAACAGAAGGAGAUAUGAACGCUUCCACGACAUCGUCCAUGUUAAGUGCAGAUAGUCUGGAUGAGCCAGUGUUUAAUCUCGAGUUCCCAGCUUUCCGUGAUCAACUUCAGCAAACUUUUGAUCUCCACCUCAAGACUGUUGUACAGAUAUGUGAAGAGAAAAGCAAAAAAGCAGAUGAAGAUGUCAAAGAGGAACUGAAUCAAGAAAUUAAUAAGUUGCAAAAACAGUUAGCAAAAAGCAAAGAUGAGCUGAACUACUUCCACAUCUUAGUCCACAAAGGUGACGAAGGUGACAUUAAAGAAAAGGACCUGACAUUCAUCAAGGAUGGCGAGUGUGUGGAGGAGAGAGCAACUUUAGAGAAAGAGAAGGAAGAUUUGAUGAAAGAAAAAAUAUUACUACGGGAAGAAAGACAGUCAUUCACAGAAGCAGCUAUCAGACUCAACAGAGAAAAAGCAACAUUUGAGGCAGAGAAGGUGGAGCUGCUGAGGCGACAGUUUCUCCAGGAUCUGCCAUCAACGUUGAAUGACAUGUGUAAUGAUAUGGCAACAAGUGGUAAUGAGAGUGGUUGCAGCUUAUCUAGUGGGAGUAUUGGUGAGGUAUUUGAUUCCCCUCAGCGCAUUGUGGCAAUGCCAAACAUUACUUCUCCACGAGGCAAUGUCACUUUUGUCCAGGGUUCACCUGUUGUUUUGGGCCCCACAAGACUCCCAAAACAGCAACAUACUGUUUCAAGUCAGAAGGCCUCCAUAUAUCGUCUGAAAUCUGCUCCAGUAAGUAGAGCAUCGUCUGUUCCACGACAAAGUGAAGUCCAGGAACAUGCCACAAGUGAUAGAGGCUCCAACAAACUCCGUCCUCCUCUCUCUCGUCCACGCACCUUGGAAAGAAUGAAACGUAGACCGCUUUCAGGUACAGCCACUCCACUGUAUAGAAGCAGAAGUCAGAGCCGUGGUGACCUGUCAAAAGAUGGUGGACAAGGAAGCAGUAAAGGUGAAUCCCUUUGCUUUCCAUCAAGAAGAGAAGGAGAAUCUUUUUUACGCACAGUAAAAGCAAAUUUCCCACUCCACAGUGUCACUAAAGAAGGCCUCAGUGCAUCACCUGCACAUAAUCAAGAAGAAGCGUUGCUCCACGGUGUAUACCCAAGGUCGCCUAGAUCAACCAGAAGUAUAGUGACUUCUGUUUAUAUGAGUGAUGAGAAAUAUUCUCAAGAAGAUCAAUAUGAUGAUGAAAGUAAUGUUGAUAACUAUGUGGAAGACCAAGAUGAUGGAGGAAAUAGAGCGCUUAUUACUCUUGAGAAAGACCUCAUGAAAUUAAUGGCCCAAAUUAAUCAAAGGGAUGAGCAAACUCCUGACUCUCAUUGUGACACUCCUCCUUCAUAUGAAGAAAUAACCCAACAAAAGCCACUCCUUAGAAGUGUCUUGUCAUUUCAUGAUAGUGCCCCAGGCAGUUUAUCUGGUAGUAGGAGAAGUAGUCAAGAUGUCGGUGCUAUGGGGGAUUAUAUGAAAAGAAUGCACAAAAAAGUGACAAAGAAAUCUAUUCAAUCAUAAGUGAAAUUAAAGUUUAGGAAUUAAUAGUAAACAGUGAUGUAUAAUGGUUUACAAUUAAUGUGGUGGAUAUGGAGUCAAGGUAAGUUAUAUUCACAGGUAAUUGUAAAAAUAUCGGAUAUGUCUUACAGUAUUUUUAAAUCUUGAGUGAUAUAUAAUAUAUCAAUAGCACAAACAUGCAUAAUGCACAGUAGAUUUAUGGUAAUAUGUUGUGGUACUGUAGAAAGGUUGAAUGGUAAAACAUUUUAUAAAUACUGACAUCAAAAUUGUAUUUUGAUUUUUACUAGAAUAAAUAGUUUUCUUACAUUAUCCAUUUUCAGUUAAUGUGGUUUAGUGCUAUCAAUCAGUAUUACUUAUCAGUUUUAGGCUCCAUUAUUUCAUAUAUGUAUUUGUCUUUCAGGUUUCAGAUUUUUAUGGAGGUACAUUGUGUACUUUUCUUUACAGUCAGGAACUGCAUCUUUGGUUAAUACUGUAAUGCAGUACAGAAUUAUGGGUUCUUAUUUCUUUGGUGGUGGCAUGAAGCUUCUGGUAUUUAUGAACAAAUUGUGUUGGACAAAUUAUGCCUUGUCAUCCAUCUCUCACCGUGGGAACUGAAUUCUCUCAUUAGUUAUGCAGUCUAGUAGCUCAUGUUUUACUGUAUUUUUGUUUUAUCCUUUUCAUUGUGAUUCUGGCACACUCCUGUUCACCAGAAUAUGUUCCAUCCAUCUUGGCCUUCUGUACUAUCAUUGACUCUAGUAUUUGAUGCUGCCUGGCUUUUUCCAUUUUUAUUUUAUUUGUUACUUCUUUGGAGUCUUGCGGCCUCUUUCUGCUAUAUUGCAGACUGCAGGAACAAAGUGUAAACACAGAUUUAUUUUUUAACCAUAUUAUCAUCCAUUCAUUCUUACUGCUGUAACACCACCAUAAGCCACUGAUCGGAAUCACCCUGAUAAUGUACUUUCCUGUAAGGUUUCAUUCACUUCAUACAAACUUCCAUUUAGCCUUUUUAUUAUUACAGGGCUAUUAUUAUUAUUAUUAUUAUUAUUAUUAUUAUUAUUAUUAUUAUUAUUAUU